AUCGUUGUUUCCAACUUCAUUUCAUUACGUCAGACGCAAGCUGUGCCUCCACUCGUUUUUAGUAUUCUCUUUUCUCUUCAGAUUGUUUUAUUGGUAAUUAAAGGAACAUUCACCCUAAAAUUUUCGGGUAGUGACAGUCAGCUGUUUUUGACGUUUGUUUUGUUUACAAGUGCAUGCGCUGAAAUGGCAGCUAAGAGUUUAAGAAGUUUUUUCGUGUUAAAAAUAAAUUCUUUAUCCAGUACGACGACUUAUUACACUAUUGGAAGGGUUGUAUCAUGUGCAAGCUACAGCACAUCCAGUAAAAGAAACAAGAUCUACCAAGACUUUAAUGAAGCCGUGAAAGAUAUUAAAGAUGGAUCUAAACUUUUGGUUGGUGGAUUUGGACUGUGUGGUAUACCAGAAAACUUGAUUCAAGCUCUAAAUAAAACAAAUGUCAAAGGUCUUACUGUGGUGUCUAAUAAUGCAGGUGUUGAGAGUUUUGGACUUGGUAUUUUACUGAAAAGCAAACAAAUAAAGAGGAUGAUAUCUUCAUAUGUUGGUGAGAAUGCUGAGUUUGAGAGACAAUUCCUAAGUGGAGAAUUAGAGGUGGAAUUGACCCCACAAGGAACUUUAGCUGAGAGAAUCAGGGCGGGCGGUGCUGGUGUGCCUGCAUUCUUCACUCCAACUGGCUUUGGUACCCUGAUCCAUGAAGGUGGAUCUCCCAUCAAAUAUGCCAAAGAUGGGAAGAUUGACAUAGCAAGUUCCCCACGAAAUGUCCAACAAUUCAAUGGCAAAGACUACAUUAUGGAAGAAGCUAUUACUGGAGACUUCGCUCUCGUGAAAGCGUGGAAGGCCGACAAAUACGGCAAUCUAAUCUUCAGGAAAAGCGCUCGCAACUUCAACCCAGCCAUGUGCAAAGCUGCUAGGAUAACCAUUGCUGAAGUCGAAGAAAUUGUCGAUGAGAUUGACCCCGAUUUUGUUCACGUGCCUUCUAUAUUCGUGCACAGAGUUAUCAAAGGUGAUAAGUUUGAAAAGAGAAUUGAACGCAGAACGAUCACUAAGCCAGCAAACGUGCAGAAAGAGAAGAAAGCAUCUGAUGCUAUGAGGGAGAGAAUCAUCAGAAGGGCAGCUUUAGAAUUUAAAGAUGGAAUGCAUGCUAAUCUUGGCAUUGGUAUGCCUAUGCUGGCCAGUAACUACUUACCGAAGAAUGUAAAGGUGCUGUUGCAAUCAGAAAACGGUAUUUUGGGACUCGGACCUUUCCCAACUGAAGAAGAAGUCGACGCUGAUCUGAUUAAUGCUGGAAAGGAAACUGUCACUGUUCUGCCGGGAGCAUCAUUCUUUUCAUCCGAUGACAGUUUCGCAAUGAUUCGUGGUGGACAUAUUGAUUUGACAAUUCUUGGAGCUAUGCAGGUUUCCCAAUAUGGUGACUUGGCAAACUGGAUGAUUCCUGGUAAAAUGGUUAAGGGUAUGGGAGGAGCUAUGGAUCUCGUGUCUGCGCCGAGAACAAAAGUGGUAGUCACAAUGGAACACACUGCCAAAAACGGUUCUCACAAAAUACUGCCGGAAUGCUCGUUGCCACUGACUGGGAAGAACUGUGUCGAUAUGAUUAUUACGGAGAAGUGCGUGUUCGAGGUGGACAAAGAGAAGGGGCUUAUCCUGACGGAGCUGGCAGAUGGAGUGUCAGUUGAGGACAUCUUAGUUAACACUGGCUGCGAAUUCCACGUCGCACCAAAAAUCAAGAAGAUGGGUGAUAUAACCAACCCAGAAAGUAACUGAUUGGGAAAAACCGUUAAGGCUAUAUUCGAAUGGUCUAUUUUACUUAAAAAUUAAGUUUAUAAUAUAUACGUCCGAAUUUAUUUUUAUAUAAAAAAAUAUUAAAAUAAUUAAAGUAAUUAAACCUAUCUAUACUGGUAAUUAUGUACCUACUUAAAUUAAAAUGUGGUACUGAAAUGAAAAUAUAUGUUACAAAGUUAUACUCGUUACUUUA